AUGUCUCCUCCAGAGCGCACGGAGCGGAAUGACACCCGUGCCAACCGCGGGUACUGGUGCCAUCUGCCGCUGACGUCUCGUGGCAGCUCAGACCACGUGUUCUGCGUCCCACGGGAGCUCCACGGCGCCGUGCAGCCGUCAUCUGGCAGCUCCGGUAAUGGGCACCGCGAGGCCCGGCGUUUACAGUCAGAAACACGAAGAGGAGAGAGAUAA